UCAUCACUGCCCCCUCUCUCUCUAUCUCUUUAUAGUGCCUUUUGGUUCUUUCAUUUAUAUAAGCAAAAUUUGGCUAAGUGUAGAGGAGAUCUAAGAGAGGGGGUAACAAUGGCCAAGUCUAAGUUCCUUGCUGUUUUUAUCUUGGCCCUCAUUGCCAUUUCCAUGCUUCAAACUGUGGUCAUGGCAUCUCAUGGGCAUGGAGGACACCAUUACAAUGACCAGAGGAAAUAUGGACCUGGCAGUCUCAAGAGCUACCAAUGCCCAUCAAAAUGUUCAACACGGUGCAGUAGGACCCAAUACCACAAGCCGUGCAUGUUUUUCUGUCAGAAGUGCUGUAACAAGUGCCUCUGUGUUCCCCCGGGGUAUUAUGGGAACAAAGCUGUCUGCCCCUGCUACAACAACUGGAAGACCAAGGAAGGAGGACCAAAAUGCCCUUAAUUAAUUAGUUAAUUAAACAGAGAGAAAUUGAAAAUUGAAAACCUUGUAAACAAUAAUUCUGAAAAAAAAUCGUUAAAAAUAAGA